UCAGCCACAUCCGUUCGUCCGGAUUAACAUCUUUCGGUCGCACAACGUCAUGUCGUGUCAUGAGUCAAUGUGCCCUCCAUCGACGUACGGGUGCGAUACCUGCCAACGAGCGCUUUCAGUAGUAGCUUGCCGCCCGAUCGAUUAGCUUGGAGCGCAGCUUAGACGCACCACAUUUUCGGUGGUGGCCGGACACGUCCGAACGAACGCUCGCUGGAUCGCCCCGUAAAUCCAAACAUUUUCUUAUCGGGCCUGGUGUGUUUCUGUUCUGUUGUUGUUAUUUAUCAACACCGGCAAUCUAACAAGCGUGACACGGAAAGCACGAGAGCGCGCGGGUGCGGGUGUGUAACGGUGACGCAGGUGACGCAACCGAGGUGACGCCUUUACGGUAACGCCCGGGUAACGCUCGACCCCGGCACAGUGUAGAGCGGAGUGCAGCGGGGUUUGCACGCGCCCGGCCAACCUCAGACAGCCUCCGCGGCUAGCAUGCUGCGCGAGAUAAAGGGCAUUUACAAUUGGCUCGCGUCGGUCGCGAUCAGUGGCACGCGGGCACUGAGCGGUUCCAGACCGGUACGGGCAUUACAGUGCACCAGACGCUACCGUACCGUUUCCGGACUAGACGCGACAAUGGUAAAGACCGGGUCGGGUGGAGGUUCUUCGGCCGCUUCCGGGCGGGUAGUGCUGGCCCGUAAGACCACCGGACCGGAUCCGGUGGUGGAGGAGUUGCGGCGCGUGCGGGAGGAGAACGCACGCCACAAACAGUACGACUAUUCGCACGUGUUCAGGAAAAAAACGCUGCUCGACUUUGUCCGGCUGUCGUUCGUGAUCAUGGGCAUCGAGAUUGUGUACUCGGCGGAGACGGCCUUCGUGACACCGAUUCUGCUCGGCAUCGGCAUCGAACAUCAGCUGAUGACGAUCGUCUGGGGAAUUUCACCGCUCAUCGGCUUCAUCGUCUCACCGUUUCUGGGCACGUUUAGCGAUCGGUGCCGGUCGCGGCUAGGUCGCCGCCGGCCGCUACUGCUAGUGCUCGGAACGGGGCUCGUGCUAGGAUGCCUUUUGCUACCGUUUGGAGAAACGAUAGGACAUUGGCUGGGCGAUAUAGGCGAGUCUGGGCAGCCGGUCAUAAACAACACCGUAACGAUCGAUCGCGAUUACAACCCCUACCAAUCUUCAUCAUCUGGUGCCACUACGGAACACUACAAAUGGGCGAUAGUGGUCACCAUACUCGGUACGAUACUAUUGGACUUUUGUGCCGACUCUUCACAGGCUCCUUCCAUGGCCUAUCUGUUGGAUGUGAGUCUUCCUGAGGACCACGGACAAGCCUGCAGCACCUACUCGCUGCUGUCCGGUGUUGGAGGAUGCAUCGGAUAUCUGAUCGGUGCCAUCAACUGGGAUGGCACGGUGCUGGGAGAGCUUCUCGGUGGCAACAUCAACACCGUCUUCAUCCUGGUGACGGUAAUAUUUGCCCUCUGCCUCUGCGUAACCGUGUGUAGCUUUCGAGAAAUUCCACUACCGCUGAUGGAGCACGACCAGCAACUGCAACCACUGACCGAGCGUAUAAUAGCCGAAGAGCGGCAACGUCGCACUACCGAAAAGAAUCUGCUUCCGAUGAAAAACAUUGCAGACACCCUGUUACUUCAGCUCGACAGUGAGCAGGACCCCGAAGAGGGAGAUUUAGCUAGCUCCAAUGGAACCUCCGACCAGAAGCCUCUCUUGAGCGGAUUUCUUGAGCAGAACGAACCUAGCUCAAAUCAUCGCUCGGCGAAAGAGUUUCUGAAGACCACCUUCCGGAUACCCUCCACGCUUGGCAUACUGUGUCUGACGAAUCUGUUCUGCUGGAUGAGCCACAUCAGCUACUCGCUGUACUUUACGGAUUUCGUCGGUGAGAACGUGUUCGGUGGUGAUCCGAUGGCACACUCCGAUUCGGAUGAGUACGCGCUGUACAUCGAGGGUGUCCGGUAUGGGUGUUUCGGGAUGGCCAUUUACUCGAUAGCCUGUUCGACGUACUCGUGUACGAUCGAGCGAAUGAUACGAUUGUUCCGAGCACGGUUCGUGUACAGUGGAGGACUGUUGAUUGAUUUCCUUGGCAUGCUGUGUAUGGCCAUGUUCCCGAACAAAGUGACGGUGUACGUGUUUAGUGUUACGGGUGGAAUUGUCGGGGCGCUGCUCUUUACCAUGCCGUACAUCAUACUGGCAAAGUACCAUGCGAAAGGAUUGCUUGAUACGUGCAACGAAACAAAUCCGAUGCAACCGCGACGUGGACUGGCGUCGGACAUUUCCAUCAUCGGUAGCAUGCUGUUUGUGGCGCAAAUCAUUCUCUCCCUGACGAUGGGUCCGCUGGUGACGCUUACCGGCACGACGGCAUCGGUCAUAUACACGGCAAGCGCUUGCAGUCUAAUGGCGUCUAUAUGUGCCACGCAGGUCCAGUAUCUGGAUCUGUAGCCGGGGUUUUGGGAAGAAGAGUUUGAAAGUGCAUUUAAGCGUGCGGCACUGCACGCAGUGUGAUACUACGGUUGCGGAGAGGGAUUUAACGAUAAGGCUAGCGCAAACGAUCGAUUUUAGAAUUAUUGAUACAUCGAUAGUGAAUUUAAUGAAAUUAUACUAUUAAAAGAAGCGAAUGGAAGAGAAAACAACAACAGCAAUCCAUAAAAUAUAGUUUGCGUACCGA